AUGAUGAGCACAAAAGAGAAUAUAGCCGGAAGCGAAGAAUUAUCAGGGAACCAAGAAAUUGUACCAGGAACUAUUCAUUUGGUUGAUUUAGAAGGAAUACUUAAUGUCCAAAAGGAUCCAAAUUCAAAGCAUAACAUCAUUUUAGUUCCACAACCUUCGUCCAACCCAAACGAUCCUUUAAGAUGGUCCCAGACUAAGAAAAAUAGCCAGUUUGCGUUUCUUUGGUUUUGGGCUUUUAUGAUGGCAGUUACUGUUGGAUGGACUGGCCCCGCUUACGAUGUAUGGGUGGAGAAGUUAGGUGUCACGUAUAGUGCCUUAAACAACACUGCUGCAGUCUGUUUCCUUUUCUUAGGUUUGGGAUGUUUGUUUUUGCAGCCCACUGCUUUAAAAUUAGGAAGAAGAUUUGUAUACUUGCUUUGUACAGUAUUGGGAAUUAUAUCGAAUAUAUGUGGUUCCCAGGCAAAUUCUAUUGGUUUGUUGUAUGUACUUAACCUUAUCGGUGGGUUUGCAGCAGCACCAGUAGAUUCCUUGGUUGAAAUUUCGACCACUGAUGUUUUCUUCCAACAUGAAAGAGCUCGCUACUUGUCGUUUUUUAUUUUCGCCUUGUAUGCUGGUUCUGAUUUAGGGCCAGUUGCAGCAGGAUAUAUCAUUGAAAACAUGUCUUGGAGAUGGUGUUUAUACUUCCAAAUAAUUAUUUUGGGGGCUAUGUUAGUUAUACAAAUUUUCUACAUGGAAGAUACAACAUUUUCAAGAAUAGGAACCGAUAGUUUCAAUUUAGAAGAGAAUAUCUUGUACCAAAUUAAAAGUCAUGAAACUAUAGCCUCCAACACAGGAAAAGGGCUUAAUCCAGCUGCUGAUGACAAAACUGAAGCUGUUGUCACUGAAGGUGGUGCUGAAAGUGAUGAUGGCCAAUCUUUAGAUUUAAGUAUUCCCAAAAGAACAUACUGGCAGAGAAUGAGAUUGAUUGAAACUGAAUAUAGCGACCCUAGAUCUUGGUUAACCAUUUGGUACAGGCCAUUCUUUUUGAUUUCAUUUCCAGCAAUUGUUUGGGGAGGUUUAGUAUAUGGUUCACAAAUGAUGUGGUUAUCUCUUAUCCAAACAACCCUGUCUGAAUUGUAUACCGCUGCUCCCUACCAUAUGUCCACUCAAGAAGUUGGUUUAACAAACUUAAGUGCCUUUAUUGGCUCCAUAUUUGGUAUGUUUUAUGGUGGAAAUUUUGUCGAUUGGUUGACAAUUAAGCUUUCUGAAAGAAAUAAUGGUGUUUUAGAACCAGAAUUCAGAUUAUGGGCUAUGAUAGUCCCAACCACUUUCAAUGCUUGUGGUAUUUUAGCCUACGGCUUAGGUACCUCCUAUGCAGCACAUUGGUUUGUCUCGGUUGGUAUUGGAAUGUUCUUGAUGGGCUUUGCAAUGGCAUCUACUGGGGGAAUCUGCUUGACUUACGUUGUGGAUUGUUACCCUGAAGUUGCCAGUGAAGGGUUAGUAUUAAUGUUAUUUAUCAGAAACAUGAUUGGUAUGGGUUUUACAUUUGCCAUUCAGCCUUGGUUGAAUAGAGACGGGGUUAAAUUGACUACUUGGUUGAUGUUCAUGCUAAGUCUUGUUAUCAAUGGAAGUUUUGUUUUGCUCCUUAUUUGGGGCAAAGACUUCAGAAGAUGGACAAAGGAGAGAUACUAUAGGUACUCUGAUCCUAUGUUUGGUGAAUUAUUUAAGAAAUAG